AAAAAAAAAAAAAAAGGAAAAAGGGAAAACAAAAUCAGGAUCUCAUUACUAGAGCAACAGAGAGCCUGCAGAGGACUGUCAGCAUGGAGAACCAGGGAAUUUUACUCAGCUCCCUCUAGACUACGAGGAGAGAGAGGAAAAGUCCCUCAGCCGCUGGGUAUGGAGAGUGCAAUCACACUGUGGCAGUUCCUUUUGCAGUUGCUGCUAGACCAGAAACACGAGCACCUCAUUUGCUGGACGUCUAAUGAUGGCGAAUUCAAGCUACUCAAGGCAGAAGAAGUGGCUAAGCUGUGGGGACUGAGAAAAAACAAAACUAAUAUGAAUUAUGACAAGCUGAGCCGGGCGCUCAGAUACUAUUAUGACAAGAACAUCAUCAAGAAAGUGAUCGGGCAAAAAUUUGUGUACAAGUUUGUCUCCUUUCCUGAGAUUUUAAAAAUGGAUCCACAUGCUGUGGAAAUCAGCAGAGAGAGCCUUUUGCUGCAGGACAGCGACUGUAAGAUGCCUUCGGAGAGCAGGGAUCAGCACAAGCACAGCUUGUCAGCACUGAAAAGCACAAGCCGUAAUGAGUAUAUCCACUCUGGCCUGUACUCCUCUUUCACUAUCAACUCUCUGCAGAACCAGCCAGACCCUUACAAGACAAUCAAAACAGAAAAACUGGAGAAGUCAGAAGGAAACACACCAGUUGAAGAAGUCCGGACUGUUAUCAGAUUUGUGACAAACAAAACAGACAAACAAGUUACAAGGCCCAUGGUGUCGUUGCCUUCUACUUCUGAAACAGCAGCUGCCUCUGCUUUCCUCAACUCUUCAGUAUCAGCUAAAAUAUCUUCCUUAAUGCUACCCAACAGUGCCAGCAUUUCAUCUCCAUCAUCUUCCUCCAGAUCACCAUCUCUGUCUCCCACCUCACCCCUCCCUACAGAACACAAGAGCUUCUUCCUUGACUCCAGUUGCCACGACUCAGAUUCCCUUGAGCCUCUGAACCUCUCCUCAGGCUCCAAGGCCAAAUCCCCAUCUCUUCCCCCAAAGGCUAAAAAACCCAAAGGCUUGGAAAUCUCUGCCCCACCUAUGAUUCUUUCCAGCACCGACAUCGGUUCCAUCGCCCUCAACAGCCCCGCGCUUCCUUCAGGAUCCCUGACUCCAGCUUUCUUCACUGCACAGACCCCCAAUGGAUUAUUGCUGACCCCCAGCCCACUGCUGUCCAGCAUUCACUUCUGGAGCAGCCUCAGUCCUGUUGCUCCUCUGAGUCCUGCCAGGCUGCAGGGACCAAACACUCUGUUCCAGUUUCCAACUCUGCUAAAUGGUCACAUACCAGUGCCACUUCCCAGUCUGGACAGAGCCUCUUCACCAGUACUGCUUUCUCCAAAUGCUCAAAAAUCCUGAUGAUGCCUUAUCACACCAAGGAUGUACUGGUGGAUUUAACACUUCAUUCCUAUGGGCUAGUUUUUCCUGUGUCAUGAGAAGGACAUUGUGAAACCCUUUAUUACUAUGGUUUGCACUUUUCAUUACAUGGAUAAUCUACUUUUAUUAUGUUAGCAUUUUUCAACAGUGUUUAUAUAUAAAAGUAUAUAUAAAUCUGUUAUGCAUUAAAUGAAUUAUAAUUUUUUUAUAUCAUAGCUCUCAAGUGUUGAACACUUCUGUUGUUGAUGAAGUACUUUUCUUAAUGGAUUGCAACAAUGUAUCUAACAGGGAUGUGAAGCUUCUUUUUAAUCCCUUUUUCUGCAUAUUAUGCGUUGCGCUUGUGUAAACUAUAACCGGCUGUGCCUUCUUUUGCAUAAAGUCAUGUAAAUGAUUUAUACAUUUUCUAGUAUUAAGAUAAAAAGUUGAAAGAAAAAAAAACUAGUAUUGAACAGCCCUAUGGUAGUAUUUCAGUAUUUUCUCCACGGAUAGGCCGUAUGAUGCAGUGUAUUAAUGUAACUUUGUAUUAAGUGCUUUCAAAUUGUAUAAGAAUAGCCUUAUAAUUUUUCUUUGCUGAAGUGGAAAACAUGAUCCAUGUUACAGCCAGGAGAUGUAACAAAGAGUAACAAAGCCACAUUUACGCCCAAGUUCUUCUGUCAAGUUGCAACAGGGAGGAACUGGGCUGUGUAUGUUCGUGAGACGUUUCCAGCAUUUGAGAGUACUUCUGUAGAAAAUGAGACAUUGCUCAGAAUUUAUCUGGCCUAUACUUCUUACGAACUGUUAACAUUACAGCUGAAAAGAGUACAGGUAAUCUCUGUCCUCCCAGGGAAUGAGGAUCAUUCCCAAUAAUUUCCAGGUGCUUGUUUCAGCUGUGCCAAGUGCCUUCUAUGACUUCCCUGGAAAGACUAUUGUGCUACUCAAGCUCUGAAGGUCACGUUUCCCCUUCCCCCAGAGCUGGAACAGUUACAGGUCUGUAAAUUGAUGCCUGGUGCUUGCAAAGAGGCAGAGACUGUACAUGUGGGAUGUUUAUGUAUAAACAGCUGAAUUCUGGAUGAAAAAACAGCACUGUGUUACUAUAUACUUGCAACUUGAACUUACUGGGUAUGUCCUCUACCUUGAGGGGAUGGUUUAGUCAUCUAAAUGUCAGGUUAGGAUUAGGGCAGACUCCCUGGCACCACAGACUCUAAUCCUGGCAGGGCUGAUGCAAAUCUUCAGGUUCCUGAGGUGGCUAAAUUGGCUUGAAUGCAGCUUUACUGUGUUGGUUUUUCAGAUGAGACCUUAAAAGCCAACCCCAAAUCCGAUCCAUUUGUGACAGGUCAUUUGAACCUCAACUUUGCUUUCUGGCUGAGCAGCUGGCCACAGUCUGUUCUUUUUGAAAUGUAUGCAGUGAGUUGUCUGCUGAUUUUCUGCUUGGAUGCAUUUCAGUGAUGAUGUGUGUAGUUAUUUGUAAAGUGCUUUUGGAUCCUUCAACCUGAAAGGUGCUAAAUAAACAUUUUAUUAAUGCA